AUGGCGCGGCCGCCGCAGGAGGCGAUCGACACCUUCGUCAGCAUCACCGGCGCCGACGAGGCUGCCGCUAUCCGCGUGCUCGAGGAACAUGGUCACGAUCUAAAUGAAGCCGUGAAUGCUUAUUUUAAUGAGGGAGAUAGGACCACCACCAGAAUCAAUCAGAAUCCUGUACCUGCCACUGCCACUUCCAGUUAUGAUGACAUGAUGGAGCUGGAUGAACCACUUGAUCCCAUGUUCAACAGACCUUUGUUCCCUAGAACUUUGGGCAGCCCUUUUGCACUUUUGGAUCCAGGUUUUGCUGACAUAACUGCUGGUGAUAUAUUUGGACGUGGACCCCGAGUUACACAACCUAGGGACGUGAGGCAGAUACCUAUUGAAGUUAAGGACAGCAAUACUCAAAUAGGCAGUUCUGGUCAGGGUCCCAUUAUUGAGGAUGUUACUGGACGUGAAUCUUUCUAUGGUCCAGAGGUCCAUGGGACUGUUAUAGUUGAUGAAGAUGACGAAGACUUGCCACCAACACCAUCUGCUCAUGAUCCUAUGAUCCCAAGCAGUGCCUCGCACCCAAACCAUUCCAUGCCAAGCGCGCCUCCAGUGGUUGAUGUUGGUGACUAUAACAAUGAUAUAGAAGAGGAGAUGAUCCGAGCAGCAAUUGAAGCUUCAAAAAGGGAAGCUGAAGGCAUGAAAAAUGUUCUAAGUAGUGGUGAAUCUGAAAACAUGUCACGUGGCAGAGGUGAUGAUGAGCUUGCUCGGGCAGUUUCUUUGUCCUUGGAGACAGCAGAGCGAGAGAGAGCUCUGCGCCAAGAGGGAAUGUAUGUAGCAGAUCACUCUCCUGACUUAUCUGAUAAAGAAGGCGACCAAGGAGGAAGUCGGAUAAAUGAAAGGCGAGGACUAACUGCAGGGAAAGUUGGAACUUCUGAGCAAACAGUAGAUGAAGAGAACUUCCAAGAGGACAGUGAAGAUGACGACGAACAGCCUUUAGUUAGGAUUCGUUCUAGGCGAUUUCGAGGCAGAACUAUUGAGCCAGCAGAAACUGUUCAAAGGGCUGACAGCCCCCCCUCAAGUCCUCAACCUCAUGUUCAAAUUGAUCAUCAGCAUAGUGGGGGUUUUCCUUCAGAAGAGUGGGGUGGUAUUUCUUCUGAAGAGCAUGAUGAAGCUCUUAUGCUUGAGGCUGCAAUGUUUGGUGGGGUUCCUGAAGGAGCACCAUAUCCAUUUUCCUUCCCAGCCUGUGGCAGGUCGACUCGCUAUCCCCGAGUAGCACGUCCUCCAUCACCAUCAUUAACGACGCAGCGGUUGUUAAGGGAGCAGCAGGAUGAUGAGUAUCUUGCUGCUCUUCAAGCUGAUCGAGAAAAAGAGUUGAAGGCUGUGCAGGAGGCUGAACUCCGCAGGGUAGAGGAAGCUGCAGCAAGAGAGGCUGCUCUUGAACGUCAAAAGAAAGAAGAGGAGUUGAAGCUAAAGAAACAACGCGAGGAAGAGGAGUUGAAAUCCGAGCUUGAAGCCAAACAAGCAUCACUACCGAAGGAGCCACUACAAAAUGACGAGGGGGCUGUCACAGUGGUAGUCCGCAUGCCUGAUGGUAGUCGUCGAGGACGGCGCUUUCUCAAAUCCGACAAGCUUCAGUAUCUUUUCGACUUCAUAGACAUCAGCAGGACUUUCAAGCCAGGAACUUAUAGACUGGUGAGGUCUUAUCCCAGGCGUGCUUUCACUGAAGGCGAGAGCCAGAUGUCAUUGAGUGAUCUCGGCCUCACUAGCAAGCAGGAAGCUCUGUUCCUAGAAAAACUGUCAGCGUAG